AUGGAAAACAAUGUUACUAGUGCACCAACCCUUACUACUAACAAUGUCACUCACAUAGAUGCAAGAGAUCUAGAUAAUGGUUAUUUAUCACAAGAAGAAGAAGUCUUUGAUGGUAAUGAUAUUGAAAAUAAUGAAACUAAAGUGUAUGAAGAAUCACUAGAUCUAGAUUUAUCUCAAGCCAAUAGACAGAUCUGGUUGGUCAGAUUGCCAAUGUUUCUAGCAGAAAGAUGGAGAGAUCGUUCUAAUUUACAUGGACAGGAACUAGGGAAAAUUAAAAUUAAUAAAGACGGUUCUCAAAUUAAACUAAUGUUAAAUAGAGAUGAUAAUGAUAAAGACGGUGAUUCUAUCCCACAUGAAUAUGAUUUACAAUUGACUAAAAAAGUGGUUCAAAAUGAAUUUAUCUUUACUGAACAAAAUUUGAAGAAGUAUCAACAGAGAGAAAAAGAACUGGCAUCAAAUCCAGAAAAACAAAUCGAAGCUUAUUUGAAAAAACAAGAGCGUGAAGAAGAACUAAAGAAAAAACAGCAACAAAUGAAAAGGAGAAAUCAACGUAGAAAGUUCAAUCAUCGUGUUAUGACAGAUCGUGAUGGUAGGGACCGUUACAUUCCUUAUGUUAAAACAAUCCCAAAGAAAACAGGUAUUGUCGGUACUGUAUGUCAUGAAUGUCAAGUUAUGCCAUCCAUGAAUGAUCCAAAUUAUCAUAAAAUUGUAGAGCAAAGACGUAAUAUAGUUAAGUUUAAUAAUAAAGAAAAAAUUACUACAUUGGAGGAAACUGUGGGUGUUACUAUGAGUCAUACAGGUAUGUCCAUGAGGUCUGAUACAUCUAAUUUCUUGAAAGUUGGUCGUGAAAAGGCUAAGAGCAAUGUCAAAUCCAUUAGAAUGCCAAAAAAGGAAAUAUUGGAUUAUUUAUUCAAAUUAUUCGACGAAUAUGAUUAUUGGUCUCUAAAGGGGCUAAAAGAAAGAACAAGACAGCCAGAAGCUCAUUUGAAAGAAUGUUUAGACAAAGUAGCCACUUUAGUGAAAAAGGGACCCUAUGCCUUCAAAUAUACUUUAAGACCUGAAUAUAAAAAAUUGAAGGAAGAAGAAAGAAAGGCUACAUUAGGUGAAUUAGCAGAUGAAAAUCAAUCAGCUGGUGCAUCAUCUGCUUCGCCAGUUUCUAAUAAUGACGCUAAUAAGCAGGAAGAUGAAGAUGAAGAUGAAGAUGAAAUUGAAAUGGAAGAUAUUGUGUAA